AUCAACAUGCAUGUCAUGACGAUGAACGAGUUGUUCGCGGCCGUGGGUUGUAACAAUGCAUCGCAGUGUCUGUCCAGAGCCAUUCCAUCGCGCCACGGCGACUCAUCGUACAGGAUUGCCUUUGGGGCGUCCACUUCGAUUGCCAUAGCGUCCUUUGCCUCGUCCGUGCCGGCGGCCAUUCCUUCCAUCGUCACGCGACUGCAUGGCCACCCGGCGCGCAUAUCUAGCGUGCACUGGAACAGCCAUUAUGUACGUAACGGCGUCGAACAAGACAUCAUCUUGUCUGGCGACGCAGCCGGCAACCUUCGGCUCCACCUGAACUUGAACAACGAUGGCCAGUGGAUUUCGCACGAGGUUGCGACGUGCACAUCGUCCAUCUCCGCCGUCAAUUCCAUCUCGACGCCGACCCAAACGUAUCUGCUUGCUGCGACCUCUGUCGGGGAGGUGCUGGUGUACACACUGGACGACAAGUCCCCUCCUUCGAUCGCGCACUCAUGCCUGUUGCCGCUGGGCCAACGCCAUAUUGUCGAAACAUUGGCUACAACCACCCUGAACGGCUCCGAUGAUGGCGUUCUCGUGGCCCUUGGUGGCGUGGAUUUGCAAGUGCAUCUGUACAAGCUCGACCCAUCAGCCACCGCCGCCGCCCUGGUGCAUGUCACGUCGUUGGCUGGGCACAAAGGGUGGAUUCGCGGCCUGGACUUUACACGGCACGACACGUCGAUUCUUCUAGCGUCGGCCAGCCAAGACCACAAAAUUCGGCUCUGGCGUAUCGACAGCACAUCAUCGCAUAUCAUGAGCGUAUCGUGUGAUGCGAUGCUGGUGGGCCAUGAUGAUUGGGUGACAAGUGUGACGUGGGUCGUUCCAGGGCUCAUUCUCUUGUCGACUUCGAUGGACAAUCGAAUUAUUCUGUGGCACUUGGACAAACACAGUGAGCUCUGGACGCCUCAACUACGUAUCGGAGACCUCGGUGGCCUGGGUUUGUUGGCAGGCGCGGCCCCGCUAUUGUCACCGGCGUCGUCACUUAUGUCAGAGGUGGUGGCGCUAACAUUCGGAGGCCAAAUCCACCGGUGGGCGAUUUCGAGUGGGAGCGACGGGCUCUUGGCGCCGGUGGUCAGUGUCACAGGGCACACGCAGUCCGUGUCGGAUGUCGUGUGGUCCGUGGCCGGCGACUACUUUGUCACAGUGUCGCAGGAUCAGACGGCGCGGGCUUUUGCCCACGGAUCAAAUGGCCGGUGGACCGAAAUCUCCCGCGUGCAAGUGCACGGGUACGACCUGCACUGCGGCUGCUUUGUCGACGCCUCGCGGUUUGUGAGUGGCGCCGACGAGAAGAUCUUGCGCGUGUUUGCCGUACCCGAGGGCAUGGCUGCGUUGGUGCGAGGCGAGCUUUCUUCCGCCGGGUUUGGCAUGCUUCCGGAGCUAAGUCUGACGACCAAAGCUACCACAGACGCCUCUACUUCUCUAGUGUUCGUGGGGGAUCAAUUGAAUCGGUCCGUGUGGCCUGAGCUGCAAAAGUUGUACGGGCACGGGAACGAGUUGCUCUGCGUGACGAGUAACUCAGCGCGUACCCGGCUCGCGUCGGCUUGCAAGAGUCGAGACAGUCAGUUUGCCGCCAUUUGGCUGUGGGCGAGUGCCGAAGAGGACAUUGUGCCCCUCCAGCAACUGCCAGGGCACGCGUCGUCAGUGGUGCAGCUCGCAUUUUCCCCCGACGAUCGCAGUUUGGUGUCUGUGUCCAAGGACAGGCACGUGUGUGUGUAUGCGUUGCAACCAGAUGGGUCGUAUACCCUCGCCACCAAGCAAAAAGUGCACAAGCGCAUCGUGUGGACCUGCGGAUGGGCCCACGACAGCCGCCUCUUUGCCACAGGCUCCCGAGAUGAUACCUUGUUGCUGUGGGGACACGUCCGUUCCACGUGGCAGCCUGUGGCUUCGGCUCUCUCGUUUUCGUCGGCGGUGACUGCUGUAGCGUUUGCCAAGCCCGAAAUGUCCACCAAGGAAGGUAUAUAUCUCAUCGCUGUGGGGCUCGAGUCCGGAUGGGUCCACCUCGUGGCGGCGUCGGCAGCUGCCGAUGGCAAAUGGGAAAUGGCCACGACCCAAAGCAUCCGAGCGCACGCGGCGACUGUGACGAGGCUGGCGUGGCAUCCCACUACGGCAGGAUUGAUGGUCAGCACGAGCCAGGACACCAGCGUUGUGCUGUUGCAACUUGGACGUGGGGAGGGGGAUACAAUCGAAUGAUGAUACUCGAGCGACCAUCUCUAGUACAGGACUUAAGUAGUAGUAGUAGUUAGUAUAUACUAAUUCAAUGGGGAACGUUAGUUGUCG